AUGUAUUUUUCGGAGAAAUCAUUUCUUUUGGUAUUGACAAGCCUAUGCAGCUCUCUCCGUGUUUUCAAACAGAUACAGACCCAAUUGAUCACUCGUGACCUUCUUCGCAAUGACUUAGUCCUCCACAAAGUCGUGACAUUUCUUGGUAAAUCCGCCGACUUUGCAUCUUACGGUUGCGUGUUUCUCCACAGCAUCCGUCGUGCGUUGAGCUCUUUUCCGUACAACACGCUUCUAUCAAGCUACGCGGUCUGCGAUAAACCGAGAGUGGCGAUUCUUGUAUACCGAACAUUCGUGAGUAAUGGCUUUUCGCCGGACAUGUAUACGUUUCCUCCAGUUUUCAAGGCCUGUGGGAAGUUUUCAGGGGUCGGAGAAGGGAAACAGUAUCAUGGAACCGUCACCAGGAUGGGUUUCUCCGAUGAUAUCUAUGUGCAAAACUCGCUUGUUCAUCUGUACGGUGUGUGCGGAGAUUCAGGGAGUGCAUGUAAAGUGUUCGAUCAAAUGCCUGUUAGAGAUGUAAUCUCUUGGACUGGCAUUAUAUCUGGUUUCUCGAGGGUUGGGUUGUAUAAAGAGGCUUUGGAUGUGUUUUCAAAGAUGGAUGUUGAGCCUAAUUUGGCUACGUUUGUUUGUGCGUUGGUCGCUAGUGGGCGUGUAGGGUGUUUAGCUUUAGGGCGGGGAAUCCAUGGAUUGAUCUUGAAGAAGGCAUAUUUGAUCAGCUUGGAGACUGGAAAUGCUCUCGUAGAUAUGUAUGUGAAAUUGUAA